CACGACACGAGCUCCCAAACCUCCGGGUGAUGUUCACCAACCACACGUCCAUUGGGUUAUGGGAACUUUGUCAGAUUUGAAUCCCUUAUUUAUGCCUGUUCCAGGUCCACUUCCUUCGCUCCGAACUUGAUGUCACACUGAAGUUGCUGCCGAAUUGCGACAAUGGGGCUCGGAAUCCUCGAAGAUCACAAGCUGGAACAUGUCCCGGGGACGGCAUUCGUACUCGAAGACGAGCGCAGAAGAGAGGAAGAGCAAGCUAUUGCAAGAGAUGCAAACCUCAAGUAUGAUAAAACAGGCAAGAUACUGCUGGUCCCACAGCCGUCAGACGAUCCCAACGACCCUCUUAACUGGCCGCUUUGGAAGCGCGAUAUUAUCCUUUUCAUCCUCUCCCUUGUUUCCGUCAUCGCCGCAACCCUCUCGCCUCUCCUCGCCGCGGACACCGUCUCCCUGGCCAUAUACUUCCGGCGUAACCUUACAGAUAUGGCACUCUUGACGGGUUAUCACCUCCUCGGUGUCGGAUUCGCAGGGUUUCUCUUUGUCCCAUCGGCACGCAUAUGGGGGAAGCGACAUUUAUAUCUUCUCGGAACCGUUAUAGUGGUCUUCAGCAGCGCGUGGGGUGGGGGGAAUGGGAAGAACUACAAGAGUCUGCUCUGGGCAAGGAUAUUCCAGGGAAUCGGGCUUGCGCCAUUUGAAGCUCUGGUCAACGCUAGCGUGGGCGAUCUCUACUUUGUCCAUGAGAGAGGGACGAGGAUGGCUUUGAGCAACUUUGCUGUUUUCGGAGGGGCCUUCUUCACCCCUGUGCUAGUUGGAAAGAUCGCGGAUUCAAUGGGCUAUGAAUGGACCUUUUACUUCGUCGCGAUCUUUGCUGGAGCCAUGCUUCCAUUUGUCGUCUUCUUCGUUCCGGAGACAGCGUAUAAGAGGGAGCAGCGCUUCGAUAUCGACACUAUGGGGAAUCUGAUCACCACCGGGUCCCCGAAGAGACCCGAAGCCCGUAAUGCGUCGUCGACAGAAACUUCACGUGGCAGGGACGAGGCCGGCAACGGCACUGAGACCAUAAAACCUGAAGGAGAGAAUACUGUCCAGGGAGUUGCAGCUGCGGACACCGGAAAUGAUCCUCCGCCUCCCAAGGCUUCGUGGAAGCAGUCACUCAUGCCGUUCAAUGGACGUAAGACCGACGAGCGAUAUCUGCACCUGCUCCUUCGACCGUUCUCACUAUUCUUCCACCCAGGUAUCCUUUGGGCUUGCCUAAUCCAAGGCACCCUCAUCGGCUGGACCGUCAUGAUCGGCGUCGUACUAGCAGGCAUCAUGCUCGGACCACCUCUUUGGUUCGGCGAAGUUGAAACCGGCUACAUGUACACGGGGGCCUUCGUCGGCGCUGUUCUCGGUUUUGUUGUUUCUGGCCUGAUAGCUGACUCAUCAGCCAAAUGGCUGACACGUCUGAAUCACGGUGUUUACGAACCCGAGUUCCGUCUCGUGCUGGUCAUCCCACAGCUGAUCCUGGGGUGUGCGGGGUUGUACGGUUUUGGGUUCACAGCGGCAGACGCAGGAAGAUACGGAUGGUUCUGGCCAGACUUUUUCUUCGCUUUGGAGGUUAUGGGAAUGGUGUGCGGAGCUGUUGCAAGUGCGUUGUACAUUGUUGAUGCUCACCGUGAUAUGUCCAUUGAAGGGUUUACCUGCCUGCUUGUGUUCAAGAACAUCUUCUCCUUUGCGCUCACCUUCAAAGGCUUCGAUUGGAUUGUUGCAGGACAGAUCAAACCGGUUUUCAUGGCCGUGGCAAGCGUACAGGUUGGCGUAUGCGCCCUGACGAUUCCCAUGUAUAUCUUUGGGAAGAAGAACCGGAGCUUCUUCUGGAGACACAACGUCUUCUUCAAAGUGACAGACUGGAUAGCAGAUCGCUUGACGUUCUGGUGACACAAGCCGAUAAGGGGGCAGUGUAGCUAAGGUGCAGGAGCAGCGCGGAGCUAAUACCGGGAGGAAAUGGUGCGUUCGAGCGUAUGAUAGCCCGGCGUCGGCAUCGAUGAUUUAACGGAUAUAUAUUUUAAUGGUAAUGGUAAUGGUAAUGGGAAUUGAUUGAUGGAUGCAUAGAUGAAGAAAAGCAUGUGUGUUAGGAUCCUCCGCAUCAGUUGAUAUGGUAGAGCUUGUGUUCAAUGCGG